AUGAUUUUUUUUCCCCUUCUUUCUUCCCCCGUCAAGCUAUAUACAUUUAUAUUUGCACAUAGCUCUUGUUUGUUGUAUUCUGUUAUUUCUCUGUGUCCAUCUUUUCCAACCCCUUCAACAUUCCCUGCAAUGAAUGCUACCGGUGCGGUUCCCGACGCCUGGGAAGAGUCGUGGGAAAACCAAGCAGAUUCUACCCCGCCCUCAGAGAAGAAAGUCUCAUCCAAAGUGACCAAGGCACAACGCAGAGCACAGCAGGCAGAAUUCAACCGACAAUUAUGGGCUGAGGCCGAUUCCCCCGAGACCUUCCACUUCGCCGAAACGCGCGCCGAUGUUCCCCUCAAACAGGACAUCAAACCAGCAGUCAAGCUUCUGAGUCGGAAACCUCUACUGGUGACCCGAAACUCGUCAUCUUCGGGCACGAUCGAUGCCGCAACCGCUGGUCUUAGUGAGCUUGGAGUAGACGACGACGAUUCGGAAGAUGAGAAGGCACCCGAGCCCACACCUGAAGAGCGUCAUGCGAUUGCACUCAAGAACAGAGAGGAAAAACAGCGGAAAUACGAAGAGGUGCGCGAACGUCUCUUUGGGAGCCCGUCCGCCACAGCUUCUGGCACCUCAUCGCCCGGCAGCACGACCCCGCCCCGUCAAAACAGUCAUUCCGGAGAGGGUCGUGGUCGGGGGAAGGGACGUGGUGGGGGCAGAGACCAUCGCGAGAAGAAAGAUUCCUCAGCUCCCAGCAAGUCUAAGCAUCUCUACGACCCAGCUACCUCAGCCAAGCCUAAUGCACCCUUUGGACGGGGUGGCCGUCAGCUGGAACGAAAUGGCUCUGACCCUCUAGCUCCACAACAACCACAACAGCCACUACGCAACCCGAGAGGCCCUGAUGCAAGUGGGAGAGGCGGUUUCAAUUUUAACCGUGGCGCUCGAACAAGCUAA